ACAAACCUUGUACACAAUCCCAUUAAAUCCUACUAUCCUACUCAUCAUGGAUUUCCUCUGUCCACUCACCAUCAUCCUCCUCCUCUUCAUUCCCCUUAUCUCCAUCUUCUUCUCCAUCUUCUUCUCCAUCUCCUCCUCCUCAACCAAAUCCUCAACCACUCUCCGUCCCUAUCCCAUCAUCGGCAACCUCCCUCAGUUCCUCCUCAACCGCCACCACUUCCUCUCAUGGAUGACCUCCCUCCUCUCCUCCUCCCACAACCUCACCAUCACCUUCCACCGUCCCGGCAACGUCCGCGGCCUCAUCACCGCCAACCCUUCCAAUCUCCACCACUACCUCAAAUCCCACUCCCCCAACUUCCCCAAAGGCCCUCGCGUUAUCCACCAUCUCCAAGACUUCCUCGGCCGCGGCAUCUUCAACGUCGACGGCCCUCUUUGGCUCUCCCAACGCAAGACCGCCAGCUUCGAGUUCAACACCCGAUCUCUACGCAACUUCAUCGUCCUCAUCGUCCACCACGAGCUCCAUUCUCGUCUCCUUCCCCUUCUCCUCAAUUCCUCCCGGUCUUCUUCCCCAAUCGAUCUCCAAGACCUACUCGAACGCUUCGCCUUCGACAACGUCUGCAAGCUCGCCUUCAAUCAUGACCCUGUUUCUCUCUCCGACGCCCCUGAAUCCCGUUUCGCCCGCGCGUUCAAGAUCGCCGCCGAGCUCAGCGCCGGCCGCUUCCGUUACGCCGUUCCCAAAUUUUGGGUCAUUACCAGACUAUUCAACAUCGGAUCUGAGAGAAAACUCAAGGAAUCCAUUGCUGUUGUCCAUGAUUUCGCUACCCAGAUCAUCAAAUCAAAGAAGGGGAAGCCUAAUGCUUCUGCUGUUGCUGCUGCUGAUGAUGAUCUUCUUUCUAGAUUUCUUGCCAAUGAGGAGAACAACUCCGAUGAGUUCCUCCGUGACAUUGUCAUCAGUUUCAUCCUCGCCGGCCGGGAAACUACAUCAUCAGCCCUGUCAUGGUUCUUUUGGCUCAUUUCUCUCAAUACAACAGUUGAAGACAAGAUAAUACAAGAGAUAAGCUCGAUACGGGCACGGAAAGCAGAUGAUAAGGAAGUAUUUGAAUUCGAGGAAUUACGAGAAAUGCACUAUCUUCAUGCAUCAAUAACUGAGGCAAUGAGACUGUAUCCUCCAGUGCCUGUGAACUCAGCUAUGUGCAUGAAUGAUGAUGUACUACCAGACGGUUCAGUGAUCAAGAAAGGAAUGUUUAUGGCUUAUAAUUCUUAUGCAAUGGGGAGGAUGGAGAGCAUAUGGGGGAAGGAUUGUUUGGAGUUCAAACCAGAGAGAUGGCUUGACAACAAUGGAGUUUUCCGGCCAGAGAGCCCGUACAAGUAUCCAGUGUUUCAUGCAGGACCGAGGAUGUGUUUGGGCAAAGAAAUGGCUUAUAUUCAGAUGAAGUCUAUUGUUGCUUGUGUUUUGGAGAGGUUCAGAGUGGAUGUUGUGGAGAAGGAAAAAAUCCCUGAACAUACAUUGUCACUUACAUUGAGGAUGAAGCAUGGAUUGAUGGUUAGGAUCAGGGAUAGAUAUUAAGUUAAGAAGAGUGGUUUGUCUGGUUCUUGAUACUUAUUUGUUGAAAGGUUUGUCUUUUGUGCUUCAUGUCACUUAUAAAGGCCUUGUUUGGGUUGGCUUCUCAAAAAA